AUGACAACAGUAACAGGGACCACAGAGGUCCCCCCAAUGGGUAAAAGAGAAGAUAAUUCUGCCUUGCAUGAGUUCACACCAGCUCAUGUUAUUGAAGAAACCGAAUAUGUGAGAAAGAUCCGAACUACUCUGGAAAAGAUCCGAAAUCAAAUUUUUAAAGAUGAAGUAGGACAUAACAGUACACAUCACAAACUAGAAACAAAGCACUGUCGAAACAUUCAAAAUGGCUCUGAUUCUGAAAUGGACCCCUCUUGUUGCAGUUUGGAUCUGCUCAUGGAAAGGAUGAAAGGAAAAGAACAGCAGAUCUUAGAAAUGAACAAAGAAAAUGAAGUAUUGAAAAUCAAGCUGGAAGCUUGCAGACAAGCAGGAGCAGAGGCUCUGAGAAACGUGGCCCAGAGAUUAUUUGAAAGCUACCAAACACAGUCUGAAGAAGUUAGAAAGAAGCAUGAGGAUGGUAAACACUUACUCGAGGUUAACAGACUCGAAAAGGAACAGCAAUUGAAGCAACAUGUUGAAAAUCUGAAUCAGGUUGCUGAAAAGCUUGAAGAAAAACAUAAUCAAAUCACAGAGCUGGAGAACCUUGUACAGAGGAUGGAAAGGGAAAAGAAAACACUGCUAGAAAAAAAACUGUCUUUGGAAAACAAGCUGCUGCAACUCAAAUCCAAUGCUACAUAUGCUAAAAGUUGCCACAAUCUUCAAAUGGAGAUUUCCCUUCUCCAGGAGAAGAUCUCUCAUCUGCAGUUUGUGAUUCAUUCCCAACAUCAGAACCUGCGCCGUGUCAUCCAGGAGAUGGAAGGAUUAAAAAAUAACUUAAAAGAACAAGAUAAAAGAAUUGAAAAUCUGAAAGAAAAAGUUAACAUACUUGAAGCCCAGAAUAAAGAACUAAAAACCAAGGUGGCGCUUCGGUCUGAAACACCUAGGACAACAGUAUCUAAGGCUGUCUCUACAAGUGAAUUGAAGACUGUCAACACUACGCCCUAUUUGAUGUUGAUUAGGCUCCGGAAAUGAGCUGACUGGCUGAAGAUCUGAAUGAGAAAGAUUGCUACGUGGGUCUUAUUUAUUCCUCAAAACACAGCCUAAACUUGCAUGCUGAAAUGGCUCAAUGCCAGCAUUCAAUGGAAUGUACUAUACAUCAACAGCUUUGCAGGAAGAUGACAUUCCAGAAAAUCAAACAAAAUAUAUAUUCAGGGGAAGGAACUCUUUCUUCAAAACUUACGAAAUGGGUGAAGAAACCAGGGGCUUUCGAUGGAAAAUGAAUUUUGCUUUAAACUUAAAAAAAGAUCUGAAUCUUUCUUGCAGAUUUUUGCUGAAGGGAGUGGUUUAAGGUUGUUGACAGUGACUUUUUGAUAGUGGUUUUUGUGUAUGUAAAUGGAAGAGUGUAUGUGUG